GCGUGUGGGUUCGUGCGUACGGCCCGUUCGCGCUGCCCGUGAGGGAAGCGGAGAGCUCGGGCUGAAUCCCGCUCCUAUCGUCCCGCCCGGCGCGGGGCCUCAUCCGUACCUCCGGCAGGAGGCGAGGUUUCCGGCGGCCCCGCGGAGGGUGGCUGCGCGGCCAGAAAGACCAGGGGUGGGGGAAGCGCCUUUCCUUCUGCGGGGCCUUACGGGAGCGCCCUGUGUGCAUUCGUUGUCGGUUAAAAGAUGAGAACCGAAGCAGGCACGAGGGUUUCCUUAGCAAAAGUGCCCUGCGGGCCGCUGCUGUCACCCCCUCGUAACCCAGAGGGGCGGCGGGGCCGUUCCGUACCGGGACUGACGUGCCUUGUAAGGAUCCUGGGGUGUUACGUGGAAGAUGAGGGGAUACAAAGUAGAAUGACAGUCAAUAAAAAGCGAAAACAGGUUCAUGAAGAAACUGCACAGAAAAAGAAAAAAGUGAGAAGCAGUGGGAGCCAGACUGUCAUUAAAACUGAGAAAAGAAUUCAGGCUGUUACUGAAGUAGAGGAUGAUGACUGGUUUGAGACAAAAACAAAGGUAAGGAAGAAGGAAAAUGUCAAAGAAGAUGAAUGUUCAGACCAAUUAAAUCUGAAGAAGAAGAAAAAAAAGAAGAGGAAGGUUCGCUUUGAAUUACCAAAAGAAGCAUGUUCAGAAGACUUUUUGUAUGUACAAGGUCAUCAGGAUUUAGAACAAGAAUCAGAGGUAAAAUGUUCUAAAGGUAAAGUGUUCAAAAAGAAGAGAAAAAAAGACCGAUAUCAUGCCUCUUUAUCACUGGAGAGUGAACAAAAUAGUGACAUGGGGCUUUCAAAUCAUUAUUCAGAUGAUAUGCAGGAAAAUAAAUUUGCAUUUGCAAAAAGCGGAAGAAAUAACACUUUGAAUUUGAAAUUGGAUGGUGAAGUAGCUAAGAAAAAAAAGAAGAAAGACACCUUUUCUUUAGCAUUAGGAGACAUCCAGGACAGUGAAUAUAAACAGUCUCAAAAAGAUUGCAGAGAAACAAAUGUGCAUCCUUCAGAAGGAAGAUCUAUUACUGGUGACAGACAUGGAACAGAUACUAUCCAUAACGAUGGGAAGGGUUGUAUGAGAAGAAAGAAGAGGAAGAAAAAGAAAUCUGACUCCUUUUUGCCACUAGCAGGUAAUCAGAACAUCUCUACAGUUUGUUAUAGUUCCAUUGCAUUAAGUGGCUUUGGAGAAAGUCACAGGAAAGAAAUUAGAUUGACAGAUAAGGAGGAAAAGGACGCUACUGAGAACCCAGAAAGUGUCAGAGAGAUGAAGAAGAAGAAGAAGAAAAAAAGCAAAGAUGUUUCCUCCUUAAAGUGUAAAGAUCAUCAGUGCUACAGACAGAGAGUUCUUGAUGAGCAUCUCCCUACAUUGCAAGAAGUUGAGUCUGAGGAGGAAGAGCUGUCUGGGAGAAAAAUCUCGAAGAAAAGCAAGAAUAAUAAUGAAGCAACCAAGAAGAAAAAGAAAAGGAAGAUUAAAAAAGAUAAGGAAACAACUUUUGAAAAAGACCGUGCACCUAAAAGCCAAAAAAUAACACCCCUAGAAAGCAACAAAAACAACAAAGAGAGAAAAAUGAAGCCAGCUGAAUGUGUCACAAGGGACACUGCAGGUGAUAGGAUGUUAUGCAAUUCUAAUCAUAUGCUCUGUGACAAAAAAAGGAAAACAGUACCAGAGGAUUCUGCUGAAGAGUCAAGAUCAAAUGCAAGUAUCAAAAAGAAAAGGAUGAAAAUAGAAGAUGGGGGAGAUAAGAUGUUGGAAGAUGUGGAUGAUGUGACUGUUGUGCAGGAAAAAAAAGGAAACUGUGAUGAAAUUAAUAUAGACAAGGCGAGGCGGCAGGCUCUGCAAGAAGAGAUUGAUAGAGAAUCUGGAAAAACUAACAUUUUCAGUCCCAAAGAGAACAUGGAUACAAAGAUUGGCCAGUGGAGUACAGCUGCUUUUCAAAGUUCUGAGCGAGGAAUGAAAUUUCUUCGACUGAUGGGUGGUUUCAAAAAGGGCUCUGCACCUAUGGAAGAUCUCUCAGUGACUACAAGCAAAUCGAACAUGGCUCUGAACAGAGAAGGGGAGGAGAAGUUACAGCAGGCUCUGAAGAUGGAAUUCGAUAAAGCAAUGGACUUGAAGCAACACAGAAGAAUUGGUCUUGGAUUUCAACCUGCUGCCAACAAGAAAGUGUACAUAGACAAAUACGCAUCUAGAUCUGUAAAAUUUGAAGAUUAAAACUGAAGUAAUAGAAUGAAAACAGGGAAAUUUAUUUUUGCUUUCCACUUAUUUUUACAUGAAAUAAAAUAUGAAUUGUUCAAUAAAUCGUACUUAUGAGGCAUUUUUAGUACAAGUUAUCAGCUUCUAGUUUACAUGCGGUUGUGUCCUCACUUGGACACAAAUGGAGCUACGAACAGUAGGUUCUCAAACCUUUCCAGCAUUUUCCACAGUCAAGAGAAAGUUUCCCUUA